AUGGACGGUCCAUUUUUUGCACAGUUUAUCAAAGAGCAUUUCCGUAUAGCUUUUGCCCGGGCAGGUCCUAAACAAAAAGGAAGGCGUUUAUUCAUAAUGGAUAAUGACCCUUGCCAGACAAGUAAAGUAGCAAUGAAAGCUCUUGAAGAUGUCGAAGCAGAAAUGCAUGCGAUACCUCCAUGUUCUCCCGAUCUAAACCCUAUAGAGAACAUGUUCCAUCUUGUGAAAAAUGACUUACAGCGCCAAGCUAUUUGCGAGAAUAUCACGGCUGAAUCAUUCAGCGAAUUUGAAAAAAGAAUUUUAAAUACAUUAGAUAAGACUUCCGUCGACGUAAUAGAUCGCACAAUAGAUAGUAUGUUUGGAAGAAUUAAUGCUGUAAUUAAAUCCAAGGGAUUCCGAAUAAAAUAUUGA